AUGCAUUUGGCUUGUCAAAAAAAUUUGGAAACACCAAAACUCAGUGGUAAUGGCAGAUUAGGAUCUUUUCUGCUAUUACCACUGAGUUUUGAUGUUGCCAAAUUUUUUGACAAGCCAAAUGCAUCAUCGCAAAAGAACAAUUUUUUUUAUUGCAUUUGGCUUGCCCAAAAAAUUUGGAAACACCAAAACUCAGUGGUAAUGGCAGAUUAG